AUGACAACCAAUAACAACAAUAAUAAUACUAGCAAGUCAAGUACUAGUAAAAAUACAGACAAGAGUGGUAGCACAAAUGAUUCUGAAGGCACUCAAGAAAAACUCAAAUAUAUGCUAGUUUACUUAUAUAACAGAUUCCAAUACUAUUUCCCAUGUGAUCGAAUAUUAACACAAAGAAUUAUUAAAGCAACGGUAAAUACCACAAUUGCAUUCAUAUUUUGUCUGAUUCCAAAAGUUAGAGCACAACUAGGUACGGAACCUGCCAUGUUACCCCUUAUCUCUGUCAUCGUACAACCUGGAAGAAGAGUAGGUGCUACUUUCAAGGCUGCCAUUAAUUGUACUACUGGAUUAAUUUUUGGUUUAGCUUAUGCCAUAUUUGGGAGAGUCCUGGCACAUCAAUGUAUGGGUGAUUCAUGGAAUAAAUUAACGGAAGUAGAACAAUAUUCAAUGAAUUUUACUAGAUAUAGAUCUGCAUUGGGUAUUCUCGCCAUGUUGGAAACAUUUAUGCUUUUCUUUCACGGUUGGAUGAGGUCAGUAAACCAUUUAAAUUUUGCAAUUGUAUUCCCCCUUUUCUUGGUAGUUCAUUUUGGAUUCAUGGCAUCUUUAACUGAAUCAGCUGGCGUAAUUGCAAACACAUUCAGUACUCCAUUUUACCUUGGCAUAGCCAUGUCAUUAUUUUGGACUUUAACUUUAUUCCCAGAGUUUGGUAGUAGUUAUCUGGGUAAUGCCGCAGUUGACACGUUCAAUGAAUUACACAGAGCAAUAGAUGAUUCAGUUAGUUUUUUCAUUUCUUUGGAAAAUUCAAUCUAUACAAAACCUCCAACAACAUUGUCAAAAUUACUGAAGGCGAAGACUACCAUUGAGAAAAAGGUUAACGAUUGUGGAUUAGUUUUAAAAGAAUGUAUUUAUGAAAUCUCAUAUUCCUACGUACCACCAACCGAAUUAAAGCCAAUAUUAGAAAAUUUUCAAAAAUUAACUAUUCAUAUCAAUGGUUUAGUUAAUGCAGGACAAUUAGAAUUUAUUCUCUUAGGGAAACAUCAAAAUGAUAUGGGGAAUGCAGAUACAAUCCAUAAGGAAAUCACAUUUGCCAACGCUCAAAAAUUAUCUGAAAUAUUAGAAAAUUUAAAAAUACCGAUAUAUGAAUUACAUAGAUCGAUGAGUCAAAACCUUUAUAUAAUGAAAUUGCUAAUUGCGUAUGAUUAUGAUGUGGACUUUAAGAAAGUUAAUAAAUCAACUGCUUUUCCAGAUUUCGUUCAGUAUGAAAGAAAAGAGGACUUCCCUAAAAACAUCAACUUGCAAGAAAAUUAUGAUUCACUAAAAGACGCAAUGAAAUUGUUUGACUUAAGUUUCAAAGAGUAUAUGAAGAAAUUUGAUACACUAGCUCCAAAUGAUGAAAUUUUCUUACUUUCAUCUUUUCUAAUGAAUUUCAAACAAACAGUAAAUUCUUUAUUAUCCAUGAUGGAAUCAGUAAAUGAAAUUCAUCAAUUUAGAUUGGAAAAAGAAAAUAAAGGUUGGCUUAGAGGCAAGACAAUAUGGUUCACAUUCUUGACGAAUUUUAGCUCCAUAAAGCAAUGGCUUUUCGGAUCACUUAAUGGUAUAACAGAAAAUGAAGGUUUAAAUGCUAACCUUUACACAAAUGAUAAUGAAAUGGUAGCCCGGAGACCAAGUAAUGAAGAAGAAGAAGUACUAGAAUCUCAGAAACAAAAUAUUAAUCAAACUAGACGUUCUACAGUAGGAUUACCUAUAGUGAAUCCAAACAGACGAAUACCGACAAAAGCUAACAAUAAUACUACUACGAAUAUUAAUAGUAAUAAAAAUAAUGAUGAAGAUACAUUCUUAAGAAAGAAUUAUACAAUAAUCGACCUGUUCAUGUGGAUCGAUCAUUCUUGCCACAGAUAUAAAGCUCACUUUAGAUUUGGUUUCCAAGUCGCAAUUGCAUUAAUGAUGGCUUCCUUCCCCAUGUUUAUUCCUAAAACUCGUCACUGGUAUAUAGAUUAUCGUGGGCCAUGGAUAGGUUUCGUUUGCAUAUUAUGUGUGGAAACAUCAGUAGGGGAAACGUUUUGGGUCUUCUUCUUACGUGCUGUUGGUUGUAUACUUGGUGCUGCAUGGGGUUACCUUUCAUAUGUGGCUGGAAUCCAUCAAACUAAUCCAUAUUUAGAAACUGUAAUCACCGUAUUUGGUGCUGUCCCAGGGUUUUACUUUCUCAUCGGAUCCCCCUAUUUGAAGGCUGCCAUCAUCUAUAUUAUUAGUAUCUACAUUGUUAUGAUUGCAUCCAUUAUACCGUCUUCUGUUCCAGGCGGCAUUUUAGUAAAUUUUGCUAAAAGGUGUCUUGCAGUUGGUUACGGUGGUGGUAUUGCCCUGAUUGUCCAAGUAUUUUUCUUUCCAGUUAAAGCUCGUGAUGAAUUAAAUGCAGAGAUCGCCUUUACUUGUAAAUGCAUUGCUGAAAUGGAGUUAUUAUACGCAUCUGGAUUAGAAGGCGAACCAUUGACUACAUGCAUGACUGAUGAAAAAUUAAAACAAUCAUCCAAAGUUUCCUCAAGUGCCAAGGCAGCAUUGAAUAGGGCUACAGUGUAUAAUGGGAUGACAAGACAAGAACCAAGAUUGAAAGGAGAAUUUACAGAAUUGGAAAAUAUAUUCACGCAAGUAAUAUUUUUACAGAAGCAAAUAAUUGAAAGAAUGGAUAACGUAGCUGUUUUAAGAAAUCUUUAUGGAAGUGCUAUAAUUGAAGAACUAAAUGAUAUCGUUUAUCCAUACAGAAGACAUUUUGUGGCUAGUAUGGUUUGCCUAAUGAGGGCUAUCCAGGAAGCCUUCGUCAACAAAACACCAUUACCUCAAUUUCUUCCAAGUGCCAAAAUAACUCAUAGAAGGAUGAUUAAUAAAGUACGAAUGGUCAUUAAAAAUCGUUAUCGUACAGAACUCUUAGCGUUAAAUAACGAAAAAUCAAAAAGGAAAGAUGAAUCUAAAGAGGAUAGUGAUUAUAGUGAUUCAGAUGAUAUUUCACCAAUGAAUUCGGUCGAAGGUUUAACAUUAAGAACUAAAGGUUACAACGAAGCCAUAAAGAUGACUACACAAGAGCAUCUUCUAGAGGAGAAAUUUUUAAGUUGGAAUGCUUCUAGUUCUGCUACAGAAGAAAUUGUUGAAUAUAUGGAGGAAUUACUAAGAUUAACAAAGCUCUUGGUUGGUGUGAAUGAAUUCAAAUAUGGAUUCCUUUCACGUCCGUUAUAUGAAGACUGGGCAGCAGAAGCAGUCACUGGAUUUGAUGCUUUUAUUAAUGUGACGUCUAGUAAUAAAAAAAGUAGUUUAUCUCCAAGUCCAUUUGGAGAUGUAACAUCUACAAUCUCCGAAGAAGAGGAUGGAAGUUUGACAUCAUCUGCUAGCUCAAAUAGGUCUGAAGGGGUCAUUCCAUACCAACCUCAUUUGAAUAAUACCACAAGAAUCAAUUUGGCAAGAAUCGCAUCCAAUAAGGUUGGUGAUAAACAGAAGUCACUUCCGAAAGAUUUUAGAGACAGAUCUUUUUCCAUUGGAUCCAUAAUGACAACAGGAGGUAGCGAGGUAUUGAGCGGACUUUCCAGGAAGAAAACCUUGGGAGAGGCAAAUCCAAGUUACUAUAAUGAUGAAGAUGAAAGUUCUGAUGAAGAAGAUUUACCAUUAGCUUUAAAGAUGAUAUUUAGUCGGAAAUCAAAGGCAUAUCAAAAUGAUAAUCGUUAA